AUGGCUGGUAGAUCACGAGGACGUAACAGCAAUGGAUGGUUUCAUAACUCGAAUUUACGUAGAGAACGGAGUAGUGAUCAUGAUGAUCAAAUUUCAAGACCUAGCACUAGUCGAGGACGUGAUGGGUACUCAGAUCUACAUGGUUUAAAUAAAAAAGUGACAUUCAAAGCAAACCACCGUGGAGGGGUUAAUUUUCGUAAAAGUUGUGAAAGUAAAACUGAUUUGGUCAUCAACAAUGGUUAUCAACUGGAUAGUGAGUUUCCUAAUUCAAGUGGUCCACCUAGAAAUAAUACUGGUCAACGAAACCUUGGACAUGGUGGUAAUAGUAAUUUCAGAAACUUAUCACAGGAUUUAAAAGAAAGUAGAACUGGAUGGUAUUCAGUAUCUGUGCUAAAUGUUGAAGAUUGUGAAGAAGUUCUUAAAAUGAUACAAACUUAUAUCACACCUUUUGCAUUUUAUCCAUACAAUAAACAAUAUUUUGAUAAUGGAUUAAGUUUUUUGGUUGAUGAUUUUAAAAUUGCUAAUACAUUGUACAACACAAAUUAUAAGAUAACACAAAGAGAUGAUCGAAAAUUAAUUAUAAAUGUGGAAUUAUAUUUGCCUCAACAUUAUCUCAUAUCAUACACACCAGUAUCCAGUGAAUUGAGAGAGAAAAUGAUAGAAGCCAUAGCAACCCGUUACAAUCAUAGUAACAAGAGUUUAGAUUUGUCACAAUUCCAUGCUUGUUCAUUGUUUACUAAUAAUCAACUAUUUGUACCAUUAAAUCGACCAGCUGUUCUUUUGGCAGCACUCAACAUGGUUGCUCAACAUACCAAACAUGACUUGUAUAGUUUAUGUCUUGAAAAUAAUCACAUAUAUUUAAAUGAAGGUCUUGUAUGGAUACGUAGGUUAUUCCCUGAACUGAAAGUUUUGGAUUUAGCUGGGAACAAAUUUUCUGAUUUAAAACAUCUAAGGUGUCUCUCAGGUUACACCAUUCGCGAGCUGAACUUGUCCAGAAAUCCUAUGUGCAAUACAGAGGAUAAAGAACGUUACAAACGAGAUGUACAACAAUUGUUUCCUAUGCUAAACAAGUUGGAUAACUCAGAACUGCCGUUUCUUUACAGUGGGUUUAUCGGAUCCAAGCUUAAAAUGCCAAUUAACUUGGGUAAUAGUUAUCCAAUACCAGAAGGCCAUAAUCCUGAACUGCCAAAUCCAGUUAUGACUUUUGUAGAAUCAUUUCUCAAUCAAUAUUAUGUACUAUACGAUAACCAAGUGUCUAGACAAAUAGUAUCGGUAGCUUACCAUGAAAAAGCCACAUUUACGUUAUCCAGUUAUUUUCCUAAUUUUAGUCUUAAAAAAAGUGCAUUAAAGUAUCAUGCUGAAAGUAGAAAUUUUUUGAAAUUUGACCAAAACAGACAUGGAAGACGUGGGUUCUUACAUAAAGGCAAAGAAGACAUCAUAAACUUUUUAGACAAGUUACCUAAAACCAAGCACGAUAUUGGUUCAUUCAUUGUUGAUGUUCCAUUGGAAACUGCUGCAAUGAUUCAGAUUGUAGUAAACGGUGUGUUUGUUGAAAAUUUUAUAGAAAAUAACUAUUACGAUAAAUUUACACACACUUAUAGACCAUUCUGCAGGACAUUCUGUUUAGUGCCAGUUGGGAGUGGUUGGAGUAUAAUUAGCGAUAUGUUAUAUGUAACAAAAGUCACUCAUGCGUUAUUAUUAGAAACUGCAAAACGGUUUAAUAAUUUCAAACUAAAACCAGUGUCAUCAAAAAGAAAUAACCUAAAUGGCAGCAGUAACCAAAAAAAUGCAACAAUUUUGAUGGAGGAUACUGAUGUAAUGGCUGGCAUGGAAUCAUCAUCAUCCUAUCAACAGCAUCCCACACCCAGCUACCUACCAUCAUCUUAUCAGCAAUCCACAUUUUCAUCUUUUCAGUCCACCUCAAUGACAGCUUCUAUUAAUCCACAGCAACCAUCACAUUAUCAAGGUGGCAUGCAUACAUCUACUCCAUAG